GUAGAUGAAGGGACCCUAGGUGUAACUGAGAUAUAAUAGCUCAACUCCUGAGUGGGGCCUGGGAAAGACCAUCCAACUGCUCAAUUGAUUUAGGAAAGAAUGUGAAGAUUGUAAUAAAGACUCCAUAAAGUGAUACAUACAUCACCUCUCUCUUUUUUUAUUUUCUCAUUUUAAACUUGGAUUUCAGUGCCUCACUCCUUCCAAAUUACUAACUCUUCAUACUAGCCAUGGUUGUAACACAUGAGCAUGAGGUACCUAGUGGAUGGCCACUUGGACUUGAAAACAUGAACAUAAGGCUUAGAGUAGCUGAGAGAUCUCAGGCUGCAGCAGCAUCCCGUUUAUACGUAUCUUCGCCUAGUUUCUCAUCUUUUUCAUCCUCCAGCCUUGACACUGAGUCUACAAUGUCUUUUUUCCAAGAUCAAAGUGUUUCUCUAGGCCGACUUAUCGGUAUUAAACCAGGAAGCAGAGGAAGAUUGGAGUUUUCAAACAGAGUUCAUAAUGAGAAUGCUUGUCUUAGAAGAUCAGAGGCAGAGGAUUACAAGGGACAACAAGGAGAUAAUAUGUCACACAAACUUUGUGUUCCAUUGCUACAUAACGUGUUAGAGAAGAUGAGUCGUAGUAAAAGUAAUUCACACUCACCUAAAAACUGAUUUUUUCCACAAAUUGAUUGUGACACUAGUGA